AUGGCCAACGUCCCCAAAAUCACCACGACGGCCGCCACGCCACCAACAGGCUCGCCGAGCCGCCUAGAGGAUGACCCGUUGGGCCGAAUGAGCGAGGAGGUCGGCCUCGCGACCAUGAUGGAGGAGCUGCCUCCGCCUCCCACUGUCCACGCAUUCGCACAGCAGGGCGACAUUGCAGGUCUCGAGGCUCUCCUCGCGGAAGAACCGCACACAGACUUUAGCGAGCGCGACGGGCAAGAUGUCACACCGCUGCACUGGGCAUCCAUUAACGCGCACGUCGGGGUGUGUCGCUGGCUCCUGGAGCAUGGAGCGGACGUCGACGCUGUUGGUGGUGAGCUUAAGGCCACGCCACUACAAUGGGCUGCACGGAACGGACAUCUCUACGUGAUGCACCUCCUCAUGAGCCAUGGCGCCGAUCCGAACAUCCGCGACGGACAAGGCUUCAACACCCUCCACCUCGUGACCCACAGCAGCGCCGUCAUGCCACUGCUCUACAUGCUCCAACAGCCCGUGGCAGUGGACGAGGCCGACAGCGACGGGCACACAUCGCUCAUGUGGGCCUCCUACCAGGGCGACGGGCUCAGCGUCGAGCUGCUUCUCGGUCACGGCGCGAGUGUGACGACACGAGACCACGCGGGCCUCUCCCCUCUCCACUGGGCCGUCGUCAAGGGCUCGGUCGUGUGCAUCAAGCACCUCCUCCAGGCGGGCGCAGACUUCAACGCGCGCGAGGAGCAGGGCAAGACGCCGCGCGACAUGGCCGAGGAGCUCAAGGCGACCGCGCCGCUCAACCGCGCCCUCCAGGAAGCAAACUUUAACGAGUACGGGCAACGCGUGCAGGCGCGCUUCUCCGCGCGCUUGACAACCGGGAUUAUCUUCGCUUUCCCGCUCCUGGUACUCUCCCUGUCGUUCACUGCGUUCGGCUCGCUGGAGUGGUACUUCUCAUGGCCUCUCUUCGUCGUCCUCUUUGGAGGCAUGCAGAUUACCACAGUCAAGGUGCUCCUCGCGGACAAGCCGAUGUCGGACCGCGUCCUCACCUCACCCUACUUUGCGGCCAUUAUCACGGCGUCGUUCGUGGUUGUGGGAUAUGCGUGGCUCACGCGGCUCGUCUUUGGCGCGCCCGGCCACCUCUUGAGCCAGGCACUGUUCAUCGCCGGCUUCUCGGCGUGUGUGUUCACGUUUGUCAAGGCCAUCUGCACCGACCCAGGAUACGUGCCGCGCGCCGACGCCGAGGAGAUGAAGGAACAGAUCGACGAGCUCACCGACCAAGGGAGGCUCAACGGCACGAAUUGGUGCAUCUUCUGCAUGGUGCGCAAACCGCUGCGCUCCAAACACUGCCGACAGUGCAACCGAUGUGUGGGAAGGUUUGACCACCAUUGCCCGUGGAUAUGGAACUGUGUCGGUUUCAACAACCACCGCUACUUCCUACUCUUCGUACUGACCCUUGUCAUCGGCGUCAUCUUCUUCGUCAGGUUGGCUUACUUCUACAUAAUCGAGAGCACUCCACCAGCGACACCAAGCCAGGGGCUUACACUCUGCAACAUCUCCGAGACCGUGUGCCGCGGUGCAGCACACGACGGCUUCCUGCUCGCGACUGCCGCUUGGGCAACCUUGCAAUUGAGUUGGACGUUCAUCCUUGGCUGCUCGCAGCUGUGGCAGGUCGCGAGACAGAUGACGACAUACGAGGUCUCCAACCUCGGCCGCUACGGAUACAUGGGCGGACGCGGUGGCACCUCGCUACGAGACCAGAGUGGGGCAGUGCGCGGCUCGACAGUCUUCGUGCCGAUGCCCGACACCGAGAGCGACUUCAGCCACCUCCCGCCCCCACCCAGCGCUAGCCCAGCGCACCAUCACCAGCACCACCGAUGCGGUGCGCUUGGCCGAAUCUGCUCGGCCCUUGGCGCUGCGAUAACCGGCCCCGUCUUCCGCCUUGUCGGCCUGGAUCAGUUCACUCAGGGUAGAGCAGUGAGCGGGAUGGCUCGUGCCGGGCGCGACCAGAACCCGUUCGAUCUCGGUGUCACCAAGAACUGCUCCGACUUCUGGUGUGGCGCAAAGGGUGUCGACUACCUCCACUUGUACGAAGUGCCGCCCGAGGGCUGGGUCGCGUACCGCCGCAAGCUGGCAGCGGGUGGCAAGGGGUAUGUGCCGGUCGCGCGCGAAGAAGUGUAG